UCUCUGUGUGCAGCUGUGUCAGGCGGGUCUGCGUACGCUGCAGGACCUGGGGCCGGAGAUGAGGAUGGCCAUGUCAGCUGACCUGGAGGAGGAAGAGGAGGAGGGCAUGGAGGAAGAGCCAGAGGAAGAUGAUUCUCACUAUAAGGUCACUGUAUAUAAUGCUUCUAUAGGAUGGUUACUAUAGUAUGUUGUAUGAUCUCAACGUGUUUUUGAGACGGGGCAGACACUGGCAGGCUGUAAAACAGGGCUGUCCAAACACAUUCAGCUGGAUUUAACGUUGUGAUUUAACCUCUAACCUUGUACACGUUUGAAAUGGACUACAUUGCAGUUGGACUGCGCAGAAUCACUGAUCUAGAAAUCACACAAAUAACUAACUACUCAUUACGUGAUCGAGAUGAGUGAUUCUGUGCAUUGCCUUGCUCAACUGAUCCCCUCAAACACUCUCCCCACAGACUGAUAACGGCUAUGCCACUGAGGGUAAAGACAGGCGUGGCUCCAUGGCCACCACCAUUACUGGAGGAGGAGGUAUGCCCAGGGAGAGUCUCUCCAACGGGGGUCUGGCACACCGAGGCUCCCCCAACGGAGGAGGUCUGGAGCAGGAUGAGCUGGGACGAGGAGACAACGUGAGGUCUUCGCUCAACCACCCUCGUCGUCAUUCUUCCGUUAAGAACGGACUGGUGGACCAACCGGCCAUGAGCAGAAGGAAUUCCAACAAGUAUUCAAGGUAGGCAGCUGACUAAUCUAAGGAAACCCAGAACUAAAAUCUCAGGUAAUUACAUCAGAUGCUCCAUUAGGUUCUGGGGAGAGAUAAUAACAAGAAAAAAAGCCUGUAAACUGAAACUCUCAGCCAAAGCAUGGGCCAAAUGUCCCCUCCCUAUCCGAAAUUCGAAAGAUGUGAACACAUAUGAAAAUGGGAUUUGUCCAAAUGAUCCGUGACUGAAACAAAUCUGUGCACCAGAACAAUGUUCCUCGUUAGUUGUCGCAGACGCUACGAUACUAUCCUACGUUACGUGUUUUUGUCCAUGAGAGUGAUUAUCAGCUGACUGAAUGCCAGACUGACCCUCUCUGUCAUCCUUUCUGUCUCUUUUCAGCUGACUGACUGCAAGACGAACCUUCUCAUGUUCUUCAUUCUGUCUCUGUUAUCAGCUGACUGACUAGGCCCCAGGACUGACCCUUCAUCCCGGUCUCUCCUUCCUGUCUAUGUUAUUCAGCCCUUGACUGGACUGCCCAGGGACUUGGACCCUUCUCUGUCUCUCAUUCUAGGUCUUGUUAUCAGCCUGGAUGACUGCCAGACUGAGCCCUUCUCCUGUCUAUCUUCUGUCUCUGUUAUCAGCUGACGACUGCAGACGGACCCUUCGCCUGUCUCUCCUCUGUCUCUGUAUCAGCUGACUGACUUGCAGACUGCCCUUCUCCUGUCUCUCCCUUCUGUCUCUGUUACAGCUGAUGACUGCCCGGACUGACCCUUCUCAGGUCUCUCCUUCUGUCUUGUUAUCAGCUGACUGAUGCAGAAUGACCCUUUCCUGUCUCUCUUCUGUCUCUGUAUAGCCUGACUGACUGACAGACUGACCCUUUCUUCCUGUCUCUCUCUGUCUUGUUAGCAAGCUGACUGACUGCAGACUGAACCCUUCUCCUGUCUCUCCUUCUGUCUCUGUAUUCAGACUGAGGACGACAGACUGACCCCCUUCUCUGUCUCUCAUAUGCUCUGUUAUCAGCUGACUGACUGCCAGACUGACCCUUCUCCUGUCUCUCCUUCUGUCUCUGUUAUCAGCUGACUGACUGCCAGACUGACCCUUCUCCUGUCUCUCCUUCUGUCUCUGUUAUCAGCUGACUGACUGCCAGACUGACCCUUCUCCUGUCUCUCCUUCUGUCUCUGUUAUCAGCUGACUGACUGCCAGAAGGACCCUUUUCCUGUCUAUCCUUCUGUAUCUGUGAUCAGCUGACUGACGGCCGAUGACCCUUCUCCUGUCUCUCUUCUGCUUGUUAUCAGCUGACUGGACUGCAGACGACCCUUCUCCUGCUCUCCUUAUGUCUUGUUAUCAGCUGAAUGAAUGCCAGACGGACCCUUCUCUGCUUCAUUGUACUCUGUUAUCAAGCUGAAGGACUGCCAGACUGACCCUUCUCCUGUCUUUCAUUCUGUCUUGUUAUCACUGACUGACUGACAGAAUGGACCAUUCUCCGGUCUCUCCUUCUUUCUUGUUAUCAGAUGACUGACGGCCAGAUGACCCUUUCCGUCUCUCCUUCUGUCUCUGUUAUCAGCUGACGGCCUGACAGACUGACACCCCCCCCCCGUCUCUGUCUAUCCUUCGUCUCCUGUUAUCAGCUGACUGACUGCCAGACUGACCCUUCUCCUGUCUCUCCUUCUGUCUCUGUUAUCAGCUGACUGACUGCCAGACUGACCCUUUCUGUCUCUCCUUCUGUCUCUGUUAUCAGCUGCCUUUGACUGCCGAUGACCCUGCUCAGUCUCUCCUUCUGUCUCUGUACAGCUGACUGACUGCCAGACUGACCCUUCUCUGUUCUCUCCUUUGUCUCUGUUAUCAGCGACUGACUGCCAGGCCUGACCCCGUUCUCCGGUCUCUCCUUCUUGUCUCUGUUAUCAGCUGACUGACUGCCAGACUGACCCUUUACUUGUCUCUCCUUCGUCUCUGUUUAAUCAGCUGGGAUGAUUGCCAGACUGACCCUUCUCCGUCUUCCUUCUGCUCUGUUAUCAGUAUGACUGCCGACUGACCCUUCCUGUCUUCUUUGUCUCUGUUAUCAGCUGACGAUGCCAGACUGGACCCUUCCUGUCUCUCUUCUGCUCUGGUAUCAGUGACUACUGCCGACUGA